GGCUCGAUGGCCGGUUUCUUUACCACUCUGUCUACUGUCUUGGCUCCAUCGCGGUUUUCUGUUACAUCUUGCGAGCUCUGCUCUUACCCCGGCCGGCCUCUAGCGAGCUAACCAACCCCCCUCCCUAUAAAUUAAGACCCCAUCGCCCCUUCUGCCUCCCAUCGCCACACUUCAGAGUCGUUCAGCAUUCAGCUAGUUCGAUUGAGAUCGUACACAGCCUCCUCUCGGUCAGCUCGUUGGGUAGUGUUCUCUUCGUCUCACCGGCUCAGUCGCCUCUCGGUCUUCGCCGCUUUCCCCGACGAUGUCGAACAGGAGGUCGCGCGCCUCGGUCUCGGAGGAGGAGAUCAACGAGCUCAUCUCCAGGCUCCAGACCCUGCUCCCCAGCGCGCGCCGCCGUGGCGGCAGCCAGGCGUCGACGACGAAGCUGCUCAAGGAGACGUGCAGCUACAUCAAGAGCCUGCACAGGGAGGUGGACGACCUCAGCGACCGCCUGUCCGACCUCAUGGCCACCAUGGACCACAACAGCCCCGGCGCUGAGAUCAUCCGCAGCCUUCUCCGCUAGCUCCGAUCGAUGGCCGUAUGGCUAGCUCUCAGCAGUGCUGGCUGCUGAGUGUACCAUACAGCAUGCAGCUGCCCAAGGACGACGACGACGGCUAAGGCUGGUUUAAUUGGUAGUAAUUAAGUACGUACUUUGGUAGGGCAUUAGUAUAGCCACUUGCUAGGGCAUCCUAAGUUUGCAGCUGCUUGAUUACCUAGCUCGAUCAUCGCCUUCAUCGUCUCUUCGAUCAUAUGGUUAAGUUAGUUUCUUUCUGUUUCCAUGUCGCUCUUUGUUUGCUAGCUCCUUCGCUUCUCUAGUUCUCUUCGUGUAAGGGGAGCUCUCUGGAUAUAUCUGUGGUCCGGGUCGAGUUGUUUAUUCCUCUGCACAGACAACCGACCGACCGCGAGCUACCGAUCGAUCAACAUGCAUGUACCGGUAAUUACAUAUACUGUUGUUGUCCCAUCCAUCGCGCGUGUACUGUUGCAUGCAGCAGCUUGAUUGAAUCCAGUCUAAUCUAAUCAGUCGUCCUUACGUGC